AUUUAUAAAUAUAUCUUGUGUCUCCUACCCCCAUCCUGUAUUCUGUAUACAUGUGCUACGAACCACAGGGAAAAUACAAGCCCACGAGCUGUCAGUCAAGGAAUGCUCCGCCUUUUCUGUCGCUCGAUUGGUCAUGUCAGCAAGUGCGCUGCAUAUGAUUGGUCGAAGUCGCUGUCUGUCAGUUUUCAAGCGUUUCCCUGCUUCCUUGCCGCUGAGCUAUGUUUUGAGGGGAAAUGGGUUCAGGUUUCUAGAUGGAGACGGAAGGGGGUAGUUAAUCAUUUAAAUGCCUCUCAUAUCUGGUAAAUCUACAUGAGAGGACCAGCAUACAACCUCCAGGCUGUGCCAUUGCUUCUGAAAAAUUCGACCGGAAAUCCUCCUGGAUUCGUAAGACUGAAGUUUGAAUCCUGUCCACUCCUCUCUUUGUUAACGUGCAAUAGUCGCACCGGGACGGCCGUAAUAAAGUAGACAAUUGACAUUUCCAUUGACAUGAAUCGCUUAAUAUGUUAAUGACAUGCUGUUUACUGACCUUUUCUGAUCUGACAAAUAUCUGGUUAUCAGGUGAUGGGUAACGGAGGGUCACAGUCUCGUUUGUGCGAACAAAGGAGACGUUAACUCGACCGAAACAGAUCAAUGUGCAUAUUUUCAACAGCGCGUUUUCCAAAAGGGAAGAGACUGGACUUUAUAUCUAGAAGAGGCCAUAACUGUGGCUAGAAAUAGGAAAACACACACAAGAAGAUGGCAACAACAAAAGGUAAAGCUGGAAUAAAUAAUGAAAGCAGUUCUGGUCGGGAUAGUGGCAGGACAGUCGCAGGCAUUCCCACGUUAACCGCAGGGGCCGCAUCCCUGACCACCCACAGGACCUAUAGUCUAGACGACCUGGACACUAUUGCAACUGUUGGUACAGGAACAUUUGGAAGGGUUUUUUUGGUGAAGGACAAAAAGACAAGAGGUUUCUUUGCUCUGAAGGUGAUGAAGAUCCUUGACGUAAUCCGUCUAAAGCAGGAGCAACAUGUCCAUAAUGAGAAAGAGGUUUUGACAGAGGUGAACCAUCCUUUCCUCGUCAGACUGUUCUGGACACACCAUGAUGAUCGCUUCCUGUACAUGCUGAUGGAAUAUGUGAAUGGCGGUGAACUCUUCAGCUAUUUACGCAGCAGAGGAAAAUUCAAUAACAACACCGGACUCUUUUAUUCAGCGGAAAUUGUGUGUGCCAUUGAGUACCUUCACUCCAAAGAAAUCGUCUACAGAGACCUGAAACCAGAGAAUAUACUGCUGGACAGUGAGGGACACAUUUGCCUGACAGAUUUUGGCUUUGCUAAAAAGCUCUCAGAACGGACAUGGACACUGUGUGGCACUCCUGAGUAUUUGGCUCCAGAAGUCAUCCAGAGUAAAGGUCAUGGGCGAGCAGUGGACUGGUGGGCUCUGGGUGUGCUCAUCUUUGAAAUGCUAGCAGGGUAUCCACCAUUUUUUGAUGAUAAUCCAUUUAGCAUCUACCAGAAGAUUCUUGCAGGAAAGCUGGAGUUUCCGCGGCAUCUGGAUUUCUAUGUAAAGGACCUAAUUAAGAAGUUUCUGGUGAUUGACCGGGCAAGAAGGCUCGGGAACAUGAAGAAUGGAGCAGAUGAUGUAAAAAAGCACAGAUGGUUUAAGUCAGUAGACUGGGAGUCUGUGCCAUGUAGAAGACUCAAGCCACCUAUAGUUCCAAAGGUAUCUCACGAAGGCGACACAUCUAACUUUGAUACCUAUCCUGAGGAUGAUUGGAAGAAGGACACACCAGUACCAGCUAAGGAUCUGGAAAUUUUCAAGAACUUCUGAAAGGAUUUUCUUCCUAACGAGUUGAAAGACAAGACUGGAAAAGAUUACAAAGAACUAAAGUUUUAAUCUAACCAUUCAGGUUUCAGUUAAAGGUCAUAGUUUCAUCAAUAAAGGCAUGUCUUGCUGAGUCCUACUCUGCAAACUAUGAAAACAAAUAUAGCCAUUUUGUGUGAGGACUAACUUCAUCAUGAUCACCAAUAUACCGGAUAUCAUUAUCAUCGUCAAACAAAAAUGGAGGAAACUAUUUAUCUCUUCAGAGCCUGCUAAGUAAUUAAUAACUUAAUUUUGUUAUUGAAGUUUAUAUUAUGCAACAACAACAAAAAAAAAAUGUUUUUCAAUAUCUGUUUAAAUUAGCAAUAUCAGUGUUCUGUUUAAGGUUCCUUUUGCUGGGUCAGGACAAUGUCUUAGCUUACCUGAGUGUAUGGUCAUGUUUUUGUGAUGACUUUAUGACUUGAAAAGCUUACUGGAUCAGCGUGUUUAGCCUGACUAAUUUUUUAUUUAUUUAAAAAAAAAAAAAAAAAAAACGUUAUUUAUCUGAACUUGCUGUGUUGAUCCCCAAUCUUUUGACCAUAUAAAACUCAUAUGGUGUCUGUCUUUAUAAAUCAAAACAUAUAAGAAUCCAAAGAGUUUUCCAACAGAUUCCUGCUAGGAUCUCAGACUGAGAUUACUAAGUAAGGUAGAAGUAGCACUUACCUAAUCAAACUUGACCUCACUAAACUAUUGAUGACUAAUGAAUUAGCAUUAAUGCUUGGUCUUGGUUCAAAUACUUUGGCUUUUGUGCUGUGUGAUGCAUCUUGUUUAGUAUGUGUUUUCUAAUUGGUUAAAAUGCAUAAACACUUCAUAUUUAUUAGCCUGGUGCUUGUCUUAAGUUGCCUUGCAUUGAUAUGGGGGUGAAUUUAGCACACAGUUUACAUUAUUUAGUAUGUUGUAAAGGUACUUCAUACAUGUAAAGAAUGUUUGGCAUAUUCAAAGCCUUGCUUAAAGGGAUGAUAACUGUCUAUUUUGUGAAGUACUUUAGAGCUGUGUACUGUGUCUUUUGUUGUGUAUGUUUAAAUCAAUUCUUCCUCUUUCUUAACCACUCUCACUUUAUUGACUACGUUUGUCUGAAGCAGUGAUAUAUCAUUGUAAAUUGUCUAUUGAAAUUCAUUUCUUUGGGGUAAUUUCUUAAAAAAAAAUAAAUUUAAAAAAAAUGUUUUUGUUAGAACUGUUGAUUUUAAAUUGCAAAUGCAAUUUUAUACGAAGGAAACCAACUUGCAGAUUUCCUAUGGACUAGUAAUAUGGUCCUUUACAGUUUAAGCAUUCUCUGCCUUUUACCAUUUACAGUCAGUGAGAUAUAUAAAGAGGUUUUUGUGUUGCUGUUUUUUUUUCUUUCUUUUUUUUUAUGAUGUUUAUAUGUCAUUUGAUCCUGUGUGAACAAUUUUGCUAUGUUCUCAAUUUUGAGUUGUUUUUUGUUUUUUUUUACUAUUUUGAAAAAAGUUUGUAUUUUAUAUAGUUUGCAACAGCAAAAAUUAAAAUGAAGUUCCAUGAACUUAAACAUCGACACAAACCCAGCAUAUGAUUUUUAUACUGAUUUUUAAUUGUACUUUUGUUUUUGUUUUUUUGUUGUUUUUUUUUGCUGUUGUUGUUGUUUAUUAGUAGGCACCUUUCCUUUUAUUGCCUUCUGAGCAUUAAGUAUUUGAGAGGGUACAAGUGCAAUGUUCCCUGUAACUAUGCUGUUAUGGGGGGGGAAUAUCUGCAAAAACGACAAACAUAAAAAAUAAACCGAACUUUCCUUUUG